CUUAUACUAUGGCAGUGGUAAGUAUUUCUACAAAUCAUUAAUACUACGGUAUUCGCUAUACCUCUCUGAGUCUGAAUUUGAAAAUUUCCUAGGCGUAAGCCUUGCCCUGGUCGAUUGGUUUAAUCCGUUACAACCUAUACCAGCAAACUGGGCAAUAAAGCUACAUUGGUUUUUAGCUCGAUUGAUGUUUUGAAAUGUUUCUCGAAUAAUCGAAACCGGCGGCCGAGUUCUCUCAAUGUAUCAUGCUAGACGAAUACUUCGAAAAUCCCAGGUAACAUUCCGGAUAAGCCAACCAUUACCUCGGGAUUCAAGCUCGGUCACUAUUCGUCAACUACAGGUUAAACGCCCAUGGGCCAGGAAAUUCAUAGCUACCUUUUUUCUGUGUGGGACAGCGCUUCAUCUCUUUACUUCACUCAAUGUCCUGCGGUUUGAUGAGUCGCUCUAUGAUACUGAUCAGUCACCGGAGAAUCUGCCAGGCCUCGAUGCCUCAUCCAGGACUGGGAAGUUUGACCCGGACGAAUAUGUUCCCCCCACCUCAGAACAUGCCGCUACUAUACAAACUCGCUUCCUUUCCCUGAGUUGGCCUCGUUUACAGGAAGGAAACUUUUAUGUAGCGACAGACCCUGAGUGGCAAGCGUUUAGGAAACUAGCCCUUGACAAGAACAAGCUCUCGGGUUUGAAAGAUGAGUUAAUUUCGGCUGUUUUGGAUGUCUCAUCCCAAACACGACUACUUAAUUAUAUGCUGGGGGGGCCACUGUCUGUCGCAGGAGUUUGGCUGGAACACCGAUUUCCGUACCGUGCCCCCCCUGUAUACUAUCGAUCUGGACUAGAACUAUCUCAGAAUGGUCUCGCCUGGGUUUCGAAGCCAAUAACUGCAGAAGACGGCGACUGCCUGCACAGAUGCAUGAGGCCUUCAAGUGUGGCACACGCAAUUAAGGAUGCUUUUUUGGUUCUGUGGAGCAGACAGAUUUCCCGACUUAGCCCAGGUUCGAUAGAUGAGCAGGUGUCUGGGUCUUUUAUUUCUCUAGAUGCAAAUUUAUUGCCCUCAGUAUUGCAAGGAUCGGAUGGACUUGACGACGUUUCUCGGUUUGUGUCACAGCCGCCUCCCCUGAACUUCCAAGAUGGCAGCCCGUCAACCAAGGACUGCUCCCGUCCACAUACUUCACUGUGUAUUACUGCGUUGCAGAAAUUACCGCUGCCAAACCUUGGGUCUGGUUCCGACCUACGUAUGGCGCUGCUGGCUUUCAAGUGGCGAUUAAAUUACUGCUCUGCUCGCAACGCGCACACAUCUCGUCGCGGUGUUAUGUACAUUUCUGGUCCUAUUGGUAUACGAGGCCCUAGGGGGGUGUGCAGAGUGGAGGUGAAGGGGGAGUACGAUGUUGUGAGGUCUCAAUGGACUGCUAUCUCCAUGGAUAUUAGAGAUCUUAAUCUGUUCAGUCAAAGGGCACUUGGUCCCCGUUAGCAAAC